CGGGCAUCAGUGUUCGCAGGCGAGUCGGGGCCACAAUCAACCUGUCAGCCUUUGAACCGCCCAUCACGUUUUCGGCCUGUGCCUUGCCUGCCGGCCUGAGUUGCCCUGCAACGACAACCUCGAACGCGACGUUCCUGACGCUUCCCAGCACCGCGUCCCGUCCCAGUCCCUGCGCUGCUCUCGUGCUGCGGCAGCCCGCCGUCGCCGAGCCCAAGAAAAAGUGCAGCAAACAGCAUCAUCAAGCUCGCUGAACGAGGGGCUGCCUGCCUGACCCCCCUGGAUGCACCGCCUCUGAUAGCAGCAACGAUCUGUCAGCGCCCAAUUUCCCCUAGUUCCGCGGAGACUCUUUGCCGCGAUCAAACGCUCUGUUUCGCCCAUUCUCCCUCGAUUGUUUUCCCCCUCUUGUGACGUGCUUGCGCGCAACCGGUAGCCUGCCAUGCCGGACCCUGUCGAUGCCCCAACCAAGCCUUGUCACAACUGCCGGCGGCAACGUCUGCGAUGUGACCGCUCCUAUCCCCAUUGCAACAAAUGCACCUCUCUUGGUAAGCAGUGCCUGGGCUACGGUAAACUCUUUCGAUGGACCGGUGCUGUGGCCAGUCGCGGCAAGCUCGCCGGCAAGACCUCGAGCGCCGCCAUCCAUGGCCAAGAGGAUCCCGGGACAUCGCCAGCCUCGUACCCGGAGGUCCGAUCGCCGUCUAGUUCGCCGACUACUUCAUCCUUCUUUAGCGAUGCCUCCACAGGCUCCUCAGAUUCCCAAUUGCAGCUGGCACGACGCCGGUCGCCCUCUUCUGAACCAAACUGCGCCAAUCAAUAUGUCUUGAUUGAUCCUCUCUUCCAAGAUCUCAGUAGUACUCAUCGCUACUAUCUAUCAUAUUAUAAGGAUCGCUUCUGUCAGGACUUGGUAUCGCAGGAUGUGAAUAAUGCAAACCCCUUUCGUGCCCUUCUACCUCUUACGAGAGCACACCCUCUUCUUCAGCAUGUUGUCGUGGCAGCAUCGGCAGCACACAUGUCUAACCAAGUCAGAGCACACAUAGCAUUUGCUCCAAAAGGCUCCAGCACAGCAAUUGGCUACCAGCAAACGUCUGACAGAGCUCUCCGCGAUGCCCUGGUUGCCAAACAGAAAGCCCUAGGAAUGAUGUCUGCUGCCAUCCAAGACCUUGACAUGUUAGGCGGAGAUGUAGCCCUUGCCGCUGCGCUCUUCUUUGUCAAUAUUGAGCUUAUUGAGUCCGGGAAGCACGGUUGGCGCGCUCACUUGGAAGGUGCUGCAAACAUCAUGGCUCUGCUUCAGCCCUCCUCGGCGUCUGAUGAAGCUUUGCGAGACUAUAUGCUGUCCGACUGCUUCAUCUACUUUAUUCUUGCCUCUGCCUUCAUGCCUGUCGCUCAACAAAUGCAUCUCAAGUUCAAGAUUGAGCCCGAAAAGAUUCCCCAAAUCCUUGGCCGAGCCGCUCAUAACAGCUACUUCUGCUGCCCGCCAGAGAUUCUACAAAUUCUCCACGCCGCCAGUGAACUCGCCAACUUACCACCGGAGGAGAACCAGAGUGAAGAGACAUCCAAAGCUGGCCUGGAGCUGCUGCAGCGUGCUCAGAGUUUCGAUGUGAUUGCAUGGGCUAGCGACGUUCUUAAUAUCCCAUCCCUAAAGGAUGUUCCCAUCGUCAGUCGAAUUCAUGCUGGGUCUGCCCAUCGGGUUGCGCUAUGCUUGUAUAUCUUACAGGCUGUCCCAUCGCUUGGACAGGUCGUAGGCCCUGAGCUGCGAGAACAGCUUGGGCAAGACAUCUUUAGUCACCUGGAUAAGAUUCCAGACCACGAUCCCAACUUCAAGGCCACGACAUGGCCAACCUUUAUAGCAGGCGCAGAGGCUUACGGUCAACCGCGCCAAGAUUGGAUCAUGAACCGUCUGCAAAGGCUGGUCGUAUCGUGUCCCUGGGGAUUCCUUUAUACGGCGAUGGAAGCCCUUCCCGUCAUAUGGGGCAUGGAUACCAAGGACAGCGGCGCAAGGAAUUGGCUCCAGGCCUUGAAAGACCCUAACCUCAACUUUUUAAUUGUUUGACGAGAGUAGAUACAAUCUGGCUCCUCUCCCCUUGAUUCCCCCAAAAGCGAAGCAUUAUAUCAUUUACAUUUUUUUGUCUAUAUCUACUCUAGCCACAUUAGAACAAAAUAAUAUGCAAAUAUGCAGUGAACAAUUUCCGGCCUCUCUAAUCUAAAAGGGAUAGGCCAACAUGGAGUAAACACAAUAGCCCUAGUGGCCGUUAUUAUGUAUGUAUUCAAAUGUACGCAUGCCAUUCAAAAAGAGCCUAAGCCAUGUCUCGUCCAGAGCGUUUAUCAGGCUGAGGUGAGGUUCUGCGGAAGUAGACUCUCUUGGCCCAUUUCCAGGCCUCGGCACCCAGAAUCCAGAUGCCAACGGCAAUAAAGACAACGGCCCAUUCCCAGCUGAUGCCAGUGUGUAAAAAGACGAUGUGGUUGAGGCCGGGAAUGUAGAGAGUAGGGAAGACGAUGAAGAAGACAACCGUAAUGGCGAAGAACAGAAACUGGUUGCCCCAAAGAUGUCCAAACCAAGCUUUGAUUCCUCGAGGCAUAUAAAAGAAUGAUCGACGGAAGUCAAUUAGCUCCCACGAGAAUAGAAGGAAGAUCCAUGUCAUGGUGGUGUAGCAAGUGGCUCGGGCGCGGAAGACAGCGUCGCACUCUGCUGAAUAGCGGUUGUUGCAUUCGACACCAAAGUUGCCAUCGUCAAAUCCGAAGAUGACAGUCGUGAAGGAGCCCAGAACGCAGCCGGCCAUUAAAAAGCCGUACACAAUCAUGUCGAGCAUGAAUUCGGGAGUGAAG